AUGGAGGCCCCCUAUCAGAGCGGCCUGCGGCGCGCGGCGUCGGCCCCGUCGCUCGAGAGCCUGGCACAGACUGCGCUGCGCCUGGAGACCACCCCCUGCAGCGUGGCCGAGCUGCAUGCCCUGGAUGACGAGGUGGCCCACGUGCUGCGCCGCACGCUGGCAGACACGCAGCGGGAGCUGCUGGCGGCGGUGGAGGCCGGCGUGCUUCGCGGCGGCAGCGGCGGCGGCGGCGGCCGCCAGUACACUUCCGACUCGCAAGAGGGCGGCAGCGAGGGCGAGGAUGGGGCGUCGGGCCAGGGCAGCGGCCGCCGGCGCAGCGGCGGCAGCGAGCGGCAGCGCAGCAGCUCGGCCGACGGCGGGCCCAGCACGGCGGGUGGGAGCGGCGUGGCGGCGGAUGUGGAGCAGGAGCUGGAGCUGGAGCUGGCGGGGCUGUCGGCGCGGGAUCGGGAGGCCGCCAUCAAGCGGGCCAGGAACAGGGAGGCGGCGCGCAGGUCCCGCGAGCGCAAGAUGGAGCGCAUCGCGGGGCUGCAGGCAGAGGCAGGGCGCCUGCGCUCCAACAACUUUGUGCUGCUCAAGUGUGUGGAGGAGGUGGCAACCAAGGCGCUGCACGCCCGCGCAGAGAACCGCCAGCUCAGGGAGAAGCUUGCCAGCCUGGCAGCAGCCAGCACUGCGGCGGCGGAGGCCGCGGCCGCGGCCGGCGCCGGCGCCGCCUCCGGCGCCUGCACGCCGCCGCCGGCCAGGCGUGCCGCCGCCUUGGAGCGUGAGCUGCUCCUCAUGGAGGCCGCGCCCGGCUCACCCACGCAGCUGCUGCCGCCGCUCUGGCCGGACCACCCCGAUGCCGCCGCUGCGGUGGCAGCGGCCGAGCCCCCGGCGCGCGCCCUGCCCACGUCUGCUGAGCUGCGGCGUGAGCUGCGAGAGGCGCUGGCUGGCGGCUCGGCAGCGGACCAGCACCUGCUGCAUCCGUCGCCGUCGGCCGCGGGGGCCUGCCUGCCGCACGGCCGGCGCCAGCAGCAGGCGUCGGCUGGCCCGCAGCAGCACCCCGCGGUGGUACAGCUGAAGCAGCAGGGCAGCCUGAUCAGGGCCUGCUCCGCACCCGGCAGCCUGCUGCUGGGCGCUGCCACCGAGGCGGGGGUGGGCCCAGAGCUGCAGCCCUGGCUCAACCACAGGGGCGUGGCAGCCUGA